CCCACGGUACACACUUGUUAGCACUAUCAGUACCGGUCUAAAAAAAUUGUGGAUGGUUUGCAAUUACGCGUUAAGAAAAUGAGUCACAAUUGGCUGAUGCUUUGCUUUGCGAUCGGUGUUCAAUGUUUGGUGUUUCCACUUACAAAUGCUAGCCAAGCAGAUUCGUGUUUUUCCUCUUCUUUCUCAAGAGCCAUUGGUUACAUCCUUCAAGGAUUUUUACUUGGUGAAAUAGAAGUCGAUUCGAUCAUUGAAUGCAAAAGACGAUGUGUUGCCAUUGCAAAUUGCAAUUCAUUGAAUAUCUUGUCAAAUUCAGACGGAAGCUUCAUGUGUCAGUUGAACAGCCACCUUAAAGAAAGUGGUUUGAAGGAACAAUUUGUACGUCAUGCGUCCGGGGAAUAUUAUGGUUUAAAGGAAAAGAAAUUGUGCGAAGAUAAUGGAAACACUUGCAGCUCCGAUUCGUCUUGGUUUGCUUUCAAUCAGAGUUUUUUCCAGCUUGUCAGCGAUUCCCUCACAUUUGAAAAUGCACGAAAAGUUUGUCAGAAGAUGAAAGGUGACCUCGCGUCCACAUCAAGUGACGAGGAACAGGCAUUCUUGUACAAAAUAUUUCUGGAUAGUAGUCCCGCGACGGGCAGCGAAGUGUAUGUUGGGUUAAACGAUAUUACCCAAGAAGGUGUAUUUGUCUGGAGUGAUGGAUCUCCAAAUCUGUACGCAAAAUUCCGUAGCGGAGAACCCAACAACUACGCUGGGAAUGAAGAUUGUGUUGCAUUGGCAGAACCACUUGGUGAUGCUGUGUUUAAUGACCGAUCUUGUGAUGAGGAAAAAGUAUUCUUCUGCGAGACAAGUCUUGUGAACCUUUGAGUUAUAAGUGUUCAGUAACAAUCUCGCGGGAUUCUGCAUCAUUUUAAUUUUCAAAACAGAAUGAAACACUGCAAACACUAUCACUAACCUCACCUUAAUUAAUCAUUAAAUAAAUUAUUAUGUGCUUACAUCGAUAUAAACUUGUAAUUUAAGUAGCAGGUUUAUCCACAUUUAGCUGAAGCAAAAUUUCUCUCACUCAUAAAGGCUCAAAAUUUCCGCAGGUAUCUUAUGUAAAAUUAUGAUCUACGGACAGUUGUAUACUGAAACUCUGAAUCAUUUUUUAAUCACCAUUUUAUGGGUAAAACGUUAUUAUUUUUUAUUUUUUUGUUUGCUUUUUUUUCAAAAUUCUCAAUAUACAGGGGUACUUCAUGUUAUUGCUUUUUUUAUCACCCCACGCGAAAUCCACGUGCCGUUAACUUGUGAUUAGUUAACCAAGAAACUGAGUUAACAGAGUACGUUUUGAGCAACGCAAUUAAGACAUGUAGUUAACUAACCUGUCUAGUUAUAACGCUAAAUAUACUUAACUCCAACUAUCUUUUUAUACAACCAGUCGCAAUAGAUGAGAUGCAAAGUUUAGAUUAUUCGUCUGCGAAAAACUGAGCCUGUUGUACUGAGAGAAAAUUUGACGUAAUUUACGAAAGUCUUCCUAAAUAUAGCUAGUCCUGCUUUUUCGUUCACCGCACAUAAAGCAAACAAGCAAGUGAUAUUGCUAUUGCAACAUUGUAAUGACACAGAAUAUUCUAGAAUAACCGCUCGUUGUAAACGGGCUUAGAACAGAAAUUCAUUUAAUUGUUUUUGAUUUUCUUUUUUGAUGAUUUUCGCUAAAAUUCGGCGUCUCAUUCUAUUCAGCCUUUUCACCAGCAACGUUCUUUGCAUCGAUAUUGCGAACGCCCGGCAUUAUGAACUUUUACAUGUACGAAAAUCUUAGAAAGUUAGUGAGUAAGUUAUUUACCGUUUCCAGAAUUGUGAAAUAUAAAAUUUGUGGCAUACCACAGUCCAGAGGUAUAACACCUCAUGCAAGCAAAUUCCAUGUUCGCGUUCCAUACGUAAGCAAGCAAGCGUUCAGUUCUCCAAGCUGGCAACUUUCGUUCGAAUAAAUUAAGCCAAACGUUAUUAAACGUUUGUCCAAUUCUUGAUUGCUAUUUUACGGAUUCAACACUGUUAGCCAAUGGGAAACUGUAUAUUUUUAACAAUUGUUUCGUUGAAUUCGUUCAGUAAUGACACUUUGCGUUCGUUUAACGCUUUCGGUAAAUGUUAACUCUAGUUAGUCGGUCGCAGAUUCAGUAGCGACACUUUGGAGGAAUUUUGUCACUUGAGAUAAAAAAUAAUUCAUGGAGGACUUGCUUCAGUUGAG